AUGGGAUCCGCUACUUCUGCAGUCCUUCUAGGUGACCGAGUCCUAAGCCUGGCUAUGCAUCAGAAUCGUUGGGGUGCUGGGAGUAAUCUAGAUCCCGGGCCCGACCCAGGGGGCGCGAGGGCGCCGCGCGCGGCUUUGGGCGAGGCGAGGCGAGGCGAGGCGAGGCUAGGAGCGGCGGGAGGCGCGGGCGGGGUCGGGCGUGACCCGGAAGCCCACGGCGGGUUCCGCCCCCUCGCUCGGGGAGAGGCAGGCUCGGACCGGCCCACCGAGCUGCAGCCGCCCUUCGCGCCUCUCCUCGCCGACGCCAUGCUGCAGUUCCUGCUUGGAUUUACUCUUGGCAACGUGGUUGGAAUGUAUCUGGCUCAGAACUAUGACAUACCAAACCUGGCUAAAAAACUAGAAGAAAUAAAAAAGGACUUGGAUGCCAAGAAGAAACCCCCUAGCUCAUGAGGCGGACUCCAGCACUGCCUUCUGGAUAUACCGAUUCUGCUGUUCUUGAGGGCCUCCUUACCAUCUGAACCAAAAGUUUUUGUUUUAAAUUCCAGCCUCAAUAAUUUUCCUGUUAGAUCCUGCAUUGCCUGAGAGCACAGAUGGGGCCACAAGUUAAGAACCACCCUUUUCCAGCUUCCUCACCUGUCCCUUCCUCCUUCCAGCUACUUGAGACGGCCUAAGACUGGAAUUAUGGUGCUAGAUUAGUAAAUGUGACCUUUAAUUACUAGUCUCUCCUUUAUUCUUUGGAAUUUCUACUCUUUUCUAAAGAAAAAUUGAUGAGUUUUGUAUAGCUGGUCAGACAUAAAUAAUGCUGAUUUCACAGUUUAGCAAUUAUAAUGGGUGUUUAAACAUUUGGUACUAAAUUAUGUUGUUUUAAGGUCAUUAAAAUUAAAGCCAAGAAGCCAGUCACUCCUGAAUUUUCCACUUAUUUUAUGCUGUUGUCAGGCAGCUCCAUAAUUGCUAAUUUAAUCAGUAAAUCAAUUUAUUACUCACUAACUAAGAAACUAUACUCUGAGAACUCUGUCGGGAACUAGGGAGUUUAAAAAUAUGUAAAAUAAUGACCUUUAUCCUCCGUAGAAUUCAUAGUCUAGUAUGCAUGUUUUCCUUAAUUGUGUCUUUGAUUUGGCUCUUUUCCCUCAAAAGAAUCCUACUUAUCUUAGGGGUUUACAGGUGCAUUUGACGUUACAUGACAGAUAAAUCACAAGUUGUAAAGGAAAUUUUAUGCCUCUUCACAUUAAAAAUGUAUUUACAAUAUAUCUUUAUAGUGAUUCUCAUAA